AUGAGGGAAAGGGAGAGAGAGAUGGAGGAGGAAAUGAGGAGGUUCAGGGAGAAAUCUGAGAGGCAGAAGGUAGAGAAACAGAUGGAGCUCCAGAAGAAGAGACAGGAGGAGAGAGAUGAGUGGGAGAUAUUUGAAAAUAAGAGAGUGGAGGAAUGGAAAGAGUUUUACAGGAAGGAAGAAGACAUCCGAAAGGAAGAGUCAUGGAUGAAAGCAGAAAGGAAGGCAAAUAGAAAGGUGGAAGAAGGAAAGAGAAAGAUGGGAGAAGAACAACAGAUGCUGAAAAAGCAAGCCAGUCUAACGGAGACACUGAGUGAUGGAAAGAGAAGAAACCUGGAAGAGAGAAAGGAAGAUGAAAAUAAUAUGGGAGAAAAGUGUGUGAAGGAAGCAAGGGAAGGAGACAGGGGAGAGCUCCUGAAAGAAAAGAGACAGAGACAGAUUGCAGAAGAACAUUUGACACACAUGGAGAAACAAAUGAUGGAGAGGGAGGGGGAGAGGAAGAGAGAACUUGAGAGUCAGAUUAGAGAAGAGAAAAGGAAGCACGAGGAGGAAAUAAAAAUGAGGAAACUGAAAGAGGAUCUAAUGAGAGAAAAGAGGCAUAGACAGAUUGCAGAAGAAAAUAGGACACAUAUGGAGAAACAAAUGAGAGAGCUGGAGGAGAGGGAGGAGGAGAGGAAGAGAGAACGUGAGAGUCAGAUUAGAGAAGAGAAAAGGAAGCAUGAGGAGGAAAUAAAAAUGAGGAAACUGAAAGAGGACCUAAUGAGAGAAAAGAGGCAUAGACAGAUUGCAGAAGAAAAUUUGACACAUAUGGAGAAACAAAUGAGAGAGCUGGAGGAGAGGGAGGAGGACAGGAAGAGAGAACAUGAGAGUCAGAUUAGAGAAGAGAAAAGGAAGCACGAGGAGGAAAUAGAAAUGAGGAAACUGGAAGACAUGAAGAAUGAAAUGUUUGGAAAAAUUAGAGAGUUGGAGGAGGAGAGGAAGAGAGAACUUGAGAAUCAGAUUAGAGAAGAUAUGAGAAAAAGAGAAGAGGAAAUGAAAAUGAGGAAACUGGAAGAGGACCUAAUGAAAGAAAAGAGGCAGAGACAGAUUGCAGAAGAAAAUUUGACACAUAUGGAGAAACAAAUGAGAGAGCUGGAGGAGAGGGAGGAGGACAGGAAGAGAGAACUUGAGAGUCAGAUUAGAGAAGAGAAAAGGAAGCACGAGGAGGAAAUGAAAAUGAGGAAACUGGAAGACAUGAAGAAUGAAAUGUUUGGAAAAAUGAGAGAGUUGGAGGAGAGGAUGAAAAAGAUGGAAAGACAGCAUGCAGAGAAGACCACGAUGGAGGAGGAGAAGGAGGAAAGAAAGAGGGUGGAAGACACAGUGAGGAUGAAAGAGCUAAACAAGACAGCCUUGGAUGUGUGGGAAUUUCACUUUGGAAGUCAUGAAUGUCUGAAACACAGAAGUGAUUCAGAAUGUUCAGAUUGUGAUGACAGUAAAAGUGUCAAAGCACACCAGAAGAAGACAGACAAAGGGAAGAAUGAAACGAUGGAAGCACUCCUGAGCGAGGACGAAUUUAACAGUAGUGAUGAUGAUCAUGGUUUCACUGAGAUGAAACAAAAGGAUGGACAUAAAAAUAUGCUUGUUGAGGAGAAGGUAGCUACAAAUUGCUGUCAAAAUGAUCACCCAGGAAAAGUCAAAGUUCAAAAUGACCUGGCAGGUGAUAUAGACUGGUCAGAGAGUGACUACAGCGAGAUUGAGGAAAUAAUCGACAGUGACACUGAGGACAUUAGUGAAGAAAUAAAGGAAACGGAUGAGGAGGAGGAGGUUGAAGAUAAGACAGAUAUUGAGAGUGAUGAGAGAACAGUAAGAAAUGUGAUAAGAAGUGAAUGUGAUGAUGAUAAGAGUGGGAAACCAAACAUGAAGAAAGGCAUGGUUGACAAAGACAAUACGGACAACAACGUUGAGAAAGAGAAAACAACCCAAAGCAACACAAAGAGAGAGGAGGGUGAGAGAAAAGAGGUUCAUCAAAGCCAAGACACAGAGACAUACAAAACCAAUGGUGCGACAGAAUCUGACGAGCUCACUUUGGCUCCUGGAAAGGGGUCAGAUAGCAAUGACAGUGAGAGGGUCAAAUCCAACCAAGAGAAAGAAAAGGAUGACCAAAAGGACACAGGACAGUUAGAGAGUCAGGAGGAGAAGAAGGAGGACAGGAUACUUGCUGGAGCAGAGGGAGAGACUCAGCAUCCUCAGGAAGACCAAUCGGAAACAUGCAAAGCGGCAAUGGUUAAGACUCAGGGCCCAGACGAGGAUCAACUAGCAGUUGAAGGAAAGACUAACAACACUCAGACAGACCAGGCAGCAAAGGUCAAAGGUGAAAAGGAGCUGGAUAAUGACUGGUCAGAGAGUGACAGUGAGAUUGAGGAAAUUACAGCUGAUUUUGAGAUUGAUGAGGAAACAGACCAACCAGCAACGUGCGGAGAUUCCUCCAUCUUCUUGGCUGGUGCUGAGGUCAAACAGACCCAGUGCAAAGAUGUCUCCUUGGUUGCUGCAGCUGAGUCAAAGACUCUGAAACCUCAGGAGGAGCAGCCAGCAAAGUGUAAAGAUUUGUCUGUGUUUGCUGCAGCCGGAGGAAAGACUCAGGACUCAGCAAAGGUCAAAGGUGAAAAGGACCUGGAUAAUGACUGGUCAGAGAGUGACAGUGAGAUUGAGGAAAUUACAGCUGAUUUUGAGUUUGAUGAGGAAACAGACCAACCAGCAACGUGCGGAGAUUACUCCAUCUCUAUUGCUGAGGAGGUUAAGAUUCAGGACCCUGACAAGAAUCAACCAGCAAAGCUCAAAGAUUCCUCCAUCUUCUUGGCUGGUGCUGAGGUCAAACAGACCCAGUGCAAAGAUGUCUCCUUGGUUGCUGCAGCUGAGUCAAAGACUCUGAAACCUCAGGAGGAGCAGCCAGCAAAGUGUAAAGAUUUGUCUGUGUUUGCUGCAGCCGGAGGAAAGACUCAGGACUCAGCAAAGGUCAAAGGUGAAAUGGACCUGGAUAAUGACUGGUCAGAGAGUGACAGUGAGAUUGAGGAAAUUACAGCUGAUUUUGAGAUUGAUGAGGAAACAGACCAACCAGCAACGUGCGGAGAUUCCUCCAUCUUCUUGGCUGGUGUUGAGGUCAAACAGACCCAGAGCAAAGAUGUCUCGUUGGUUGCUGCAGCUGAGUCAAAGACUCUGAAACCUCAGGAGGAGCAGCCAGCAAAGUGUAAAGAUUUGUCUGUGUUUGCUGCAGCCGGAGGAAAGACUCAGGACUCAGCAAAGGUCAAAGGUGAAAUGGACCUGGAUAAUGACUGGUCAGAGAGUGACAGUGAGAUUGAGGAAAUUACAGCUGAUUUUGAGAUUGAUGAGGAAACAGACCAACCAGCAACGUGCGGAGCUGGAGGACAGACUCAGAACACUCAGACAGACCAGGCCACAAAGGUGAAAGGUGAACAGGACCUGGACAUUGACUGGUCAGAGAGUGACUAUGACAGUGAGGGAACAAUGGAUAGUGACAAAGAGUUCAUAGAUAAAGACGAAUGGACAAAAUGGAGCGUGGACAUUGAGGAAAAGAAAGCGUGUACACAAGUCCAACAUGAUGGAAAUACAGCUGAGAGAGACAUCAUAAACCAAGAGAAGAAAAAGGUCCAGCCAGCAAAAUGCAAAGAUUUAUCCAUCUUUUCAGCUGGUGCUCAGACUCAGCAGACCCAGCAGUGCAAAGCUGGAGGAAAGACUCAGAACACUCAGACAGACCAGGCAACAAAGGUCAAAGGUGAACAGGACCUGGACAUCGACACAGACUGGUCAGAGAGCAUGGCCAAGGUACCCCCGGUUCAGCAGGCCAAAGUGAGUUAUAAAAGUGAGAUUGUCCAAAAGAAAGAUGGGAAUGACAAAGUGACAGAGCCAAAGACAGAUGCAGAGCUCAUUAUGGAAAAAUAUGAGAGGAUGGUGGAAGAGGGGAGACGGGGGCCUGGUCAGAAGGAUAGGAGAGAUAAAGACAUGGCCAAAGAGUCUAAAGAAGAGCAGCGCAGGCUGAGGAAUGAGAAGGCCCUUCAGGAUCACCUGGACAGUGUAGAGAAUCAGGAAGGGACAAGCAAACAGACCAGACAACCACAGUGUAUAGGCAUGGCCAAGGUCCCCCCGGCUCAGCAGGCCAAAGUGAGUAAUAAAAGUGAGAUUGUCCAAAAGAAAAAUGGGAAUGACAAAGUGACAGAGCCAAAGACAGAUGCAGAGCUCAUUAUGGAAAAAUAUGAGAGGAUGGUGGAAGAGGGGAGACGGGGGCCUGGUCAGAAGGAUAGGAGAGAUAAAGACAUGGCCAAAGAGUCUAAAGAAGAGCAGUGCAGGCUGAGGAAUGAGAAGGCCCUUCAGGAUCACCUGGACAGUGGGGUUGCAGAGCCCCCUCCAGCCCAGAAGACUAAAACAACCAACCCCCGCAAAGUUCCUGACGUUUUCCUUGCUAAGAAGUGA